CUUCAUGCUCUCUCCUCGCGACGUUGUUUACUGUUGUGUAACAACAUGUAUUGUAUGAUUUUGUAUAUUUCGCAUUAGAUAUUGAGAUUGAGCUGUAUUUAUUUGUUAAGUAUAGUUCGUGGAAGGAAAAGUACAAACGAAAUCUAGGAACGGACACUGGAGUGAUGGCGAAGUACAUCGCACAAAUCAUUGUUCUGGGUACACAGAUAGUCGGCAGGGCAUUCGCUCGCGCAUUGAAACAGGAAUAUGCCGCAUCACAAGAGGCAGCUAAAAGAGCCGGUGGCGGCAUGGAAGGACAAAACCGUGUUACAGCUAAUCUUAAAAUGGGAAUGACGUUGGAAGAAGCUCAGCAGAUUCUGAAUGUUUCAAAACUCGAUAGAGAAUUAGUCCAAAAAAAUUAUGAUCACCUGUUUCAAGUGAAUGACAAGUCAAAAGGGGGAUCAUUUUAUUUACAAUCGAAAGUAUUCCGGGCGAAAGAGCGAAUAGAUCAGGAAUACAAAGCAAACAAGCCACCGGAAGAAGAACAAAUCAAAGCGGAGCAAAAAUAGGUUUAUUUCCAGUGGCUGUAAGUUUCGAUUAGAACCAAUUCAAAGCAUAACUAAAAAUCAA